AUGUUCCGUCGUUCGUGCAUCUCCGCCAUCCAGAGGACGCGCCUCAGUCGCGUUUCGCUGGUCUUCAAGCAGCUGGAGGGUUCUAACCCUCUGACUGUGAAGGACAAACCAGUGAACUCGUGGUCGGAUGAGUUUAUGAAACCGCCUGUGUCAAAGGAUAUGACAGAUAAGUACGGCCAGUACGCAAAGUAUUCUGAUCCCGCUCUCUGUAAAGUGGACACCUCCUCGGAGGUGGUGCUCAACACGUAUCCCGAUGGAGCUCCACAGGGCCGCAUCGAGGCUACUGCGGGGGUUGCCCUCAAGGAUUACGAUGCCUCUAUGUGGGACGAGGACUUCUUUCGCAAGUACAUUUUGAAGCCAAAGCUGUCGGAAGAGCUGGAGGAUCGCGCGCGUGUGACGGACUACGCACUGAACUCUGCCCUCUUGGGUUUUGUGAUUCUUAUGGUUCGCUACACCGUGCUGCCACUAUGGUACGUCGGCCAGCCGGCCUUGUCGAUGGUGGGCCAAAUGAACAUUGAGGCGGAGGUAGGCGAACUAGAGGAACGUGAGUGCAAGACUGUUGUGUGGCGUGGCAAGCCAAUCUUCGUGUACCGGCGCAGUGAGCGUCAGAUGAAGGAUUUACAGGAGACACCGCUGAGCGCGCUUAAACACCCAGAGACAGAUGAGGCCCGAUUCCCCGAAGAACGCGAGAAGGCCGUUGUUAUUGCUAUCUGCACACACCUUGGCUGCAUCCCUCUUCCGAACGAAGGACUCUUCAACGGCUUCUUCUGUCCAUGCCACGGCAGCCACUAUGAUGCCUCAGGCCGCAUCCGUCAGGGUCCAGCGCCGCUCAAUUUGGAAAUACCGCCGUACAAGUGGAUUGACGCCAACACAAUAUAUCUUGGAAAACUGUAG